CGUUAACACGAUGCGAUGGCAGUUGGCAAUUAUGUGGCUCUACGUCUCGGCGUUUGCAACACCUGUCAUAAAGUGGCGCCGUCAAAUAGUGACGCCGAAGCACUUGCUGGCUCCACCUUUGUCACCCAUCUCACAGGACAAAGUGGUGGUCACCCCGCAGAAGCUUCGAGAAGUGGCUGACUUGAAGGCCAUGAUCCAAAAGGCCGUCGAUGAGAACUCCUACGUGGUGGCCGCUGCUCCAUCAAAGGAUUUUCUAGCAACACUGGGUGGAAAUUGGGGAGCACCUUUGUCCUUGCCUCAUCCCUGGACUCCGCCAGCCUUUAAUCUUACCAUAUUUUGGCCUGGAUUCGGCUAACAACAUGCAACAGCUUUGAUCACAGUCGUUGCUCAUAGUACAUAUAAGUCAGCAUUAACGUUCGAAAAGGUGCGGAAAUCGCAUAAGCUUCGAACCGCGCCUCUUAAGGAACUGUAAGGCGAGAGAUCAAAAAGGAUCAUCUGGUUAUUAAUCAAACAAAACUCAAGCAGUAACUAGCAAUUGUUAAGCUUUUAUUGUUCAUCCAAUCGACAUAAAAUCGGGGAGAAACUACGGAACGGCGGUAUGGUUUAGCGAAUAUCUGUUGUCUUUUGUGUCAUGAAUUGAUUAUGAAUCUUUGUCCUGUACAAAAUAUCAUCUUAAACCACUACCUAAUAAAUAGAUUUAGCUAUAUAUGUAAGGUACCGUGAACAUGAAAAAGCUCUAAAAUAUAUGUUUAACAUUAUUUAA